UAGAUACUGUUGUGAGAUGAUAGACGCAUCAAGAUACUGGACCAGUUAUCACGACAGUCGGUGCCUAUUUGUGUAACACGAUGGCGGCUCUUCAGGCGUUUGUGGUAACAGCGCUGAUCGCCGGAGCCUUUUCCGCGGCAGUAUUGGACGAGGCUUCCAUCCGCGCUGAUGACGUCACUCUUACGUUGGAACCUCAACUCACUGGGGGAUUCAACGUCGUAUUGAUUGAAGAGAAUGAACGCUCAACUCUAGGUCAAAUAGGCAGGACUUUAGUAGGCCCCUACACAGUUGAAGAGAUUGAAGGCGGAGUCUUUGUUCAGAUCGGAAACGUCAACCUGACACUGAAAACAGUUUACGAUUCUACUGCCAAGGCAAGAGGGAUCAAAUUUGACUGGCAGGCCAGCGCAGCCAACAGACUGGAAGACUGCAUUGAUUUUGGCUCCAAACACUGGUACGCAGGCCCGAUGCAAGUAGACCAGGUUUACCCGAUAGAAACCGCCACCCAAGUGUACAAACCCAGCUACAUCCAGGAGACUGACAAUGGAGCCAUCAUGGAGAGAUACUGGCUCAACUCCGCAGGAGAAUACAUCUUCGUGCAUGACGAAGUACCCCUGUUUGUCGACUACAAGAACAUCCUGAACAACCACAUCUGCUUCGGAGCUCAACUAGCUGAACCUUACUCAUCUCAGAGACCACGUACAGUACUCACUUAUGAUGUCUGGUUCUUGGCAAAUGCUAAGGUAGCUCACAAGCACGCCGUAGCUAACUAUUUGGGUAAGCCAUCAGGCACGCCUGACUUCCGCAUGGUCCAGCACCCUAUUUGGUCUACUUGGGCACAGUAUUCAAGAGAAAUUAACGACACGAAACUUUUGGACUUUGCCCAACAAAUCAGGGAUCACGGUUUUGAAGAUUCUCAAUUUGAAAUCGACGACCAAUGGGAGGUGUGCUACGGGUCUCUGACGGUGAACGAGGAGAAAUUCCCGGACUUCAACAAGACAAUCCAAGACAUCAAAGCUCUGGGCUACAGGGUCACUAUCUGGGCGCAUCCAUUCAUCAACAAGAACUGCGAGCCUUGGUACUCUGAGGCUUUGGGUAACAAUUUCUUCGUUGUAGACGAAGCUGGCAACCCGGACACUUCCUGGUGGAACAACAACGGGUCUAUCCCGGGAUACAUCGACUUCACCAACCCGGAGGCGGCUGAGUGGUACUACCAGAGGCUGAAGGCUGUGCUCGACACCUACGAUAUCGAUAGCGUAAAGUUUGACGCUGGAGAAGCAAGCUUUGCACCUGAGAUCGGUGUGCAGAGCGGCAACAUUGAACUGCAACCUCAUCUCCUUGUUCAAGAAUACGCCAAGGUGUGCGCACGAUUUGGUGACAUGGUUGAAGUCCGAGCUGGAUUCAGGACUCAAGACCUCCCCAUUUACGUUCGCAUGGUGGACCGCGAUUCCAUCUGGGGUCUAAACAACGGCCUGGCCACCAUCAUCACGACGACCUUCCAGAUGAACCUGAACGGGUACCCCUUCGUCCUGCCUGACAUGAUCGGAGGGAACGGGUAUAACCUGGACCACGCACAAGCUGACCUGCCAACUAAGGAGCUGUUCAUCAGAUGGGUCCAAGCUAACACUUUCUUACCAGUGAUGCAGUAUUCGUUUGCUCCAUGGAAUUUUGAUAAUGAGACUGUACAAAUCAGCAAGAAGUACACCGAGCUGCACGCGCAGUACGCGGAGCUGAUCUUCUCGGCCAUGGAGGCGGCCGUCAGCGACGGCACGCCCGUCAACACGCCGCUCUGGUGGAGCGACCCUAACGACCAAGAGGCACUCCUUAUUUGGGACGAGUACCUCCUAGCCGAAACUAUCCUAGUAGCCCCAGUGUUGACCGAGGGCGCUACCUCCCGAGACAUCUACCUGCCCGCCGGUACCUGGUACGAGGAGGGCGACCGCGCGAGGGCUGUCGAAGGCCCCAUCUGGAUCAAGAACCACCCCGCACCGCUAGACGUGCUCCCAUACUUCGUCAGAGACAAACAGAAUGUUCCCGACGCCGGUACUACUCUCUACACGUCUGCUGCCCUAGUACUUUUAGGCUUGGUCGCGAACAUUAUUAAUUUAAUGUAAAUAACGCUGUAAAUGAUAAUUUGUUAGAAAAGUAUAAGAUUUUACUAUGUAUAUUUUAUUGUUUAAUCUGGUCGUUUUCCUUUCAAGUUAUGUUUUCUUGGUUAAUUUUAAGUAUUAGCAAUAAAUAAAUGUUGUUGAA